CAUUGAAACUGGUGUGAAAGAUCAUUUCACUUUGUUCUGCUGUAAACUGAGCGCAGAACCAGAGGAAAUAGACCAGACCUUGAAUAUCUAGAAGAGCAGCGUGGCCUGAACCACAACUGAGCCGCAGCCGGUGCAACAUGGACGAGGACACUUCAGAGCAAGUUGGACCCUCACACACAAAAGGUCAGGACCAGAGACUGAGAGCAGAGUCUCCAGGGUCCAGCUGUCUGUCUCUGAAGAGUGACUGGUCCAUGAGACAUCCUCCAGUCUUCAGUAAUGAACCUGGACCCUCACACACAGAGGAGAGGAAGAGGAGUCAUGUUUCUGAGGAGGAGCAGUCGUCCUGCUGUGCUUCGUGUCAGGACGUCCUGAAGAAUCCAGUCUCCACCAGCUGUGGACACUGGUUCUGCAGACAGUGCAUCACCUCAUACUGGGACCAGUCUGGUUCUUCAGGAGACUCCUCCUGUCCCCAGUGUGGACAAAGAUCCAGAACAGGAGCUGGAGGUCAGACAGCCGGUCAGAGCAGCACUGUACAAGCAGAUCGUGGUCUGCAGGAGGUUUCAGAUGAACAUAAGCUCAGUGUGAGGAGGAGAUGUGAACAUGUGACUGAAGGAAGUGAUGAAACAGGAAGUAGAACCCUCCUCAACAGAAUCUACACUGAGCUCCACAUCACAGAGGGACAGAGUGAAGAGGUUAAUACUCAACAUGAGGUGAGGCAGCUUGAGACGGCUUCCAAGAGGAAGAUCCUCCACGACACUCCCAUCAAGGUCCACGACAUCUUUAAAGCCUCCACUGACCAGCAGAGCAGCAUCAGAGUCGUCCUGACCAACGGAGUCGCUGGCGUUGGAAAAACCUUCUCGGUGCAGAAGUUCACUCUGGACUGGGCAGAGGGUUUAGAGAACCAGGAUGUGGGUCUGCUGGCUGUGCUUUCGUUCAGGGAGCUGAACCUGGUGAAGGACCAGCAGCACAGUCUUCUCACGCUGCUCCAUGUUUUCCAUCCAGCGUUACAGAAGCUCACGGCAGAGACGCUCGCUGUCUGUAAACCUUUGUUCAUCUUUGACGGCCUGGAUGAAAGCAGACCUUCUCUGGACUUCAACCACAGGAAGCUUGUGUCUGAGGUCACACAGAGGUCAUCAGUCAACAUGCUGCUGACAAACCUCAUCCGGGGGAAUCUGCUUCCCUCGGCUCUCGUCUGGAUAACCUCCAGACCUGCGGCGGCCAAUCAGAUCCCUCCUGCAUGUGUUGACAGGGUCACAGAAGUACGAGGCUUCACUGACGCCCAGAAGGAGGAGUACUUCAGGAGGAGAUUCAGUGAUGAAGAGCUGUGCAGCAGAAUCAUCUCACACAUCAAGACGUCCAGGAGCCUCCACAUCAUGUGUCAAAUCCCAGUCUUCUGCUGGAUCAGUGCUACAGUUCUGGAGCACAUGUUGACCACAGACCAGAGAGGAGAGCUGCCCAAGACCCUGACUGACCUGUACUCACACUUCCUGCUGGUUCAGACAAAGAGGAAGAACAUCAAGUACGGUGAGGGACAUGAGACGACUCCACAGCAGCUGACGGAGGCUGACAGGGACGUUCUCCUGAAGCUGGGGAGGCUGGCACUGAAACAUCUGGAGGAAGGAAACAUCAUGUUCUACCAAGAAGACCUGGAGAGGUGUGGUCUUCAUGUCACAGAGGCCUCGGUGUACUCAGGAGUUUGUACUGAGAUCUUCAGAAGAGAGUGUGUGAUCUUCCAGAAAUCAGUCUACUGCUUUGUUCAUCUGAGCGUUCAGGAGUUUCUGGCUGCAGUCUACAUGUUCCACUGUUACACCGAGAGGAACACAGAAGAACUCAACAACUUCUUAGGACCAUAUGGGAACACAGUCAGAACCUUCUCCCUGGAUGACCUCCUGUGGAGAACCAUGGAGAAAUCCCUCAGCAGUACAAAUGGUCAUCUGGACCUGUUUGUUCGCUUCCUUCACGGCCUCAGUCUGGAGUCCAACCAGAGAGUCUUAGGAGGCCUGCUGGGUCGGACAGAGAACAAUCCAGAGAUCAUCCAGAGAGUCUUAGGAGGCCUGCUGGGUCGGACAGGGAACAAUCCAAAGAUCAUCCAGAGAGUCCUAGGAGGCCUGCUGGGUCGGACAGAGAAAAAUCCAAAGAUCAUCCAGAGAGUCAUCAACAACCUGAAGGAGAUGAAGAGUGAUGACAUUUCUCCUGACAGAAGCAUCAACAUCUUCCACUGUCUGACUGAGAUGAACGACCACUCAGUUCAUCAGCAGAUGAAACAGUUCCUGACGUCAAAGAACAGAUCGAAGGAGAAACUCUCUGAGAUCCACUGCUCAGCUCUGGCCUACAUGCUGCAGAUGUCAGAGGAGGUUCUGGAUGAGUUGGACCUGAAGAAGUUCAACACAACAUACCAGGGUCGACGGAGACUGAUCCCAGCUGUGAGGAACUGCAGGAAGUUUAUACUCAGUGGUUGUGGACUCUCAGAGACUCACUGUGAAGUCGUGGCCUCAGCUCUGAAGUCAGACCCCUCACAUCUGAGAGAACUGGUUCUGAGCUUCAACAACAACCUGCAUGAUUCAGAAGUGAAGCUGCUGUGUUCUGGACUGGAGAGUCCAAACUGUCGACUGGAGACUCUGAGGUUGAAGAGAUGCAGACUGUCAGAGAUCAGCUGUUCUUCUCUGGCUUCAGCUCUGAGGUCAAACCCCUCUCAUCUGAGAGAACUGGAUCUGAGCUACAACGACCUGAAGGUCUCAGACCUGAAGGAGCUUCUUGAUCUACAGCAGAGUCCAACCUGUCGACUGGAGACUCUGAGGUGGAAGUCUGAGUGGAGGUGAGUGUGAAGAGGACAGUGUGAAGAGGACAGUGUGUGUGGACGGAGGCUGAGCUGUGUCCUGAGGAUCCAGAGGCUGAAGCAGCAGCAGCUUGUGUGUAGUCUCCAAUCUACACAACCCCUAAUCUGCAUGUGUUUGUGAGAUGAAGCCGGAGCACCUGGAGAAAACACGGGGAGAACAUGCAGACCACACACAGGAAGACCCCAUCUGAACCGGAUUCAAACCAGCAACCUUCCUGCCCCGAUUGUGUUUAUUCACAUGAAGAAUGUGUUUAUUGAAAUGACACAACACAAGCAGAAUAUAUAAACCCUCUAUAAAGAGUCACAUACAGUGUG